AUGAAAGAGCUGGCCUUAAAUCUGCUGCUCGCAUUUAGAUCCUUUUGUGUUCGCGGAGACGAGGCUUGUCAAGCUCAACUGAUCAAUCUUAUUCUUCGUUGCUACGUUCUACUAAAUGAUUACGAACAAGCAGCUGCGUUUGUGUCCCGAACAACAUUCCCGGAAAAGGCAGACAAUAAUCAACAUGCUCGCCAUCUUUAUUAUUUGGGCCUCAUACAUGCCGUGCGAGGGUCUUAUCAUGUUGCGGCAGAUCUGCUAAACGAAAGUGUCCGACGUGGCCCUCAGUCUUCGUCUGUUGCCAUUGGGUUCCAGCAAUCGGUGCAAAAGCUACUUGUGGUCGUGCUUCUUUUGGCUGGAGAACUUCCAGAACGGUCUUUGUUUGAAAAGAGCACAAUUUUGGAGCAAUCCCUGCAGCCAUAUUUUAGUUUGUGCCUAGCUUUAUCAUUAGUUGUCAGAAAGGGAGACAUUUCGCUUUUCGAGCAGACAAUGUCCAAAUUCAGGUUGAACUAUGAAAAGGAUAAGCUGAUCGAUCUUGUCGUCAGGUAUUGCCAAGCCUUUUUUACGUUCAGAUUGAGAAACUGCGUGAUUAGAGCCGGAUUGCGUUUGGUCUCUUUAGCGUAUUCUCGCAUUUCUCUUGGUGAUAUUGCGUUGAAGCUGCAUAUCAACUCGGAAAAAGAGCAGUUGGAAUUUCUUAUUGUUCAGGCAAUAUCCGAUGGCAUACUGAAGGGCAACAUUGAGGACGGGGUUCUUUUGACACAGCCAACUUCCAACGUCUAUGCCACUUCUGAGCCCCAAAAGACUCUGGCCUCAAGAACUGUCUUUUGCUUGAAGGCAAAAGGAUCUGCUCAAAGUGCCCUGCGCUAUCCCCAGGAAACAUAUACAGAAGGCCUAAUGGCCACUCAACUUUCCUCCAUCGGCGACAAAGAGGGCGAUAAUGGAGCAAAUCCUUCUAAAGGCGGCAAGUCGAAAAGUUCACAAAAAGAUUCCGAUAUUAAUUCUGAGAACGACGAGGACGAGGAUUCAAUGAUAUUGGGUGCAGACGAUGCUGCCGACGACGAUGGCUUCGAUAGUCAAGAUUUCAUUUGA